AUACAAGUGCCGAUGUCAACCGCUUAGCAAGUCAUACAUUUCCGAGUUUCGUAGUGGCAACUAGUAAGGGAACGCGGCAUAAGAGUAACAUAUCCAAGUAGACCGGACGAGGAAGUCUGACGUUUUACCCCUACGGUUUACGGUCUUCACAUUUGUGUACAUUCACGUCAGUCAUUUCAACACGAAGCUAAAUGCUAGGCUAACUGUGCUAGAUAAAAGGCGAAUGGUGGUUUGGCGCAGGUAGAACAUUCGUGCCCACUGAGUUUGCAUUUUAAACCGCAGUUAGUCCUGGCCCAACCGUACGAUGAAGUUUCUAUUCUCUCGUAUCUGUCUGUGAUGUACGGAUGGGUAGUUGACGGACUAUCGUCGCUUUUCGAGCCUAUAACCGGGCAAAAACAUUCCGGUUGGCCUGGUUUGAACGUUGGCGGGGAGAUAGACUCGCAACGGCAGGAUAGCAACGCCAGGCCAACCAAAAGGAACUACCAGAGCAUUCAUGUUUCAGGAAAUGUUAGCCAGAGUGAACCAGUGGCGAUCAAGAGACGGAGAAAAGACAUCAUUAGUUUUGUGAAGAAGACUGUAGCAGGGGUGGCUGGGCUGCUGAGACUGAGGGACCCACUGUCUCCUGCCAGUGAGAGAAACAGAAGGUACACAGGAAGCCAGGGCCCCGUGGGCCUGAUGGGAAUAGAUGAACUCCACACCUCAUGGAUGAGCAGCUCUGACUGGAAAAUGGAGAAACCAACAGUAGGAGGGGAGAGGGGGGGGCUGGGCCUCCUCCAGGGAGCCUCUCCCCCUCUGAGAAAACACAGUGGCUCAGUGCUGGGUCCAGGGAACCCAGACCGAGGGAGAGACGGAGACGAGCCCCAGAGACGCUCCCUCCAGCUCCUGCCCAGUCGGCCUACCCUGGGGGUGGGGAUUGGGACAGGACCCCGCAGCUCAGACCUACUCCCGCCCACCCCUAACCGCACCCACAGACAGUGCUUGGCAGUGGAGGAGGCUCUGAAGGAGAGUGAUAAGGAGCACUACAGACGGCUUCUGGAGAUGGUGUCCGAUAAAUACAGCAAGAGCCAACCGCUGCCCUUCACCCGCACCAAACCCCAGGGGGCAACAUUUACACAGGAUGGACAUAGAAUGGCCAUUUUGGGAAGAACCUAUGAGUCUGUGACCCCAAAGACAGGACCUCUCAGAGCCAACCCCAGUGUGUAUAUGUGGAGAGAUACAUCCUCAGCCAAACAAACCAGAGACAUGAGAGGAGAGUUGUGGCUCAGUAAGCCUCUCAGCGCAGCUGUGGAUACACAACCUGCCAGUAAUGCAACGAAGCAGCCAGAGCUGGAUCUCUCUGCAGAGGUGGCAGCAAGACUCAACCUGGUUGACAGAGAGAAGCCAACACACACUGACACACUCAACAGUGCUGAGGAGCUCCCCAGGUUCAGCAAGGAGAUGGCUGUGGAGGUGAGUCGUGCCCUGUCCCAGAGGGAUCCUAACCUGGUCCUGAGCUCAGCCUUCAAGCUAUGCAUCACACAGAGAGACUUGGCCUCUCUACAGGAAGGGAGCUGGCUCAACGAUGAGGUGAUUAACUUCUACCUGUCCCUAGUAAUGAUUCAUAGCAGUAGUGCGGGGCAAGGGCUGAAGGUCUACUCCUUCAGUACUUUCUUCUUCCCCAAACUUCAUGGAGGGGGGCACUCCGCCGUGAAGCGAUGGACCAAAGCUGUGGACCUCUUCCAGUAUGACAUCAUCCUGGUUCCGCUGCACCUGGGAGUCCACUGGUCACUGGCUGUGAUAAACUUUAACUCCAGGACCGUGAGGUCCUAUGACUCUAUGGGACAGAGACAUGACGACAUCUGCAGCCUCUUACUGCUGUACCUGAGAGAGGAGCACAAGGCCAGGAAGAACCAAGAUCUGGACGCGUGCAAGUGGACAGUGGGCAGCUUGAGGGCCAGCGAGAUCCCUCAACAGAAGAAUGGCAGUGAUUGUGGAGUGUUUGCCUGUAAAUAUGCUGACUAUAUCGCCCAGGGGCGGCCUCUCAACUUCCGACAGUGUCACAUGCCCCUGUUCAGGAAGCUGAUGAUCUGGGAGAUUCUCAACCAGAGGCUUCUGUAAGACUACAUAAAAAGACAUUUCAGCUGCAGAACAUCCAUUACAACAGAAAUGCUAACAAACAACGACAUCAGGCAUGACUACUACACAGCCUCCAAACUACAACAUGAAGGACAACUAAGAAGCACAAAAGCAAUAAAUGAAAAAGACUUAAAGGACCAAAGCUAUGGACCACAGAAGGACUUCUUACCCUCUCAGUGGGUAGAAGUGCAGUCCUGGUAGUGAAGACAGGGUGGGUGCUCUCUGAAGAAUAGAGGUUACAAAGGAAUGGUUUGGAAUUGAUUGUGUGUUCAGAUACAUCCUGAAGUGCCUUGGACUCCAGAGAGGGUCUCUGUCAUACUUCUAGAAAACACUAAAUGGGGAAGCAGCAUCUACAACAGCAGGGAUUUUCAAGUGUGUAACUAUCUUAAACUUGGAGCAAGCUUUCUGUGUGAAACCAGAGUGUUUUGUGUGUGUGUAUAUAUAUAUAUAUAUGUCUAUAUUAGGUACUUUAUUUUUAUGACUAGUAGAAAGUGGAGUGACAACUGAGGCAUAUGUUAUGAGUGUUAUUGAAUGUCUUAAUUUAUGGUUGAAUCGUCAUCGAAGGCAGACACAAGAAGGCUGCAUGUGUGCGUUUAUUUAUGUAAAUAGAUAUUUUUUGACAAAUGUUUUGGUGCGCGUAGCUGAGUUUAGCUGCUUUCAUUUAGUCUGGACUGGAAGAGAGACCGGAGUGUGAGGUGUGCCAUCUCUAGCAGAGCAGGACCCCAUCUUAAUCCCUCACCACCACUAACAGAUGGGGACAAAUCAUUUAAAUCCUAAAUAUGUAACAAUAGUUUAUUUAUUUGAUGCGGAAGGCUUUUCUUUUAUGGCCUGUAUAUAAUUUAAUCCAGCAGUAACAGCAUCCGUGUAGACGUUUUUGUCAUGAACUUUAUAGCAGUUCUAUUGGAUUGUAUGAGUUUUCAUUAAAGGCAUGUAGAGAAGAAUUUCUAAUGAGUCUGUACUGCUUUAGCUUGGGUUGGCCUCCGAAAUUGCUCCCUAUGACUCAAAGUGGUGCAUUAUAUAGGGCUCCAUUUCCAAUAGGCCCUUGGCCUUGAAUCUGUAUGUGCUUUAGCUUACUCCCCUGUGGUGUUCAGUGUGAUGGUAACCCUGUAGCUAACAUGUAUGGGACGGCAAAAGAAGUUGGCUAAAGCGCGUACAGAUCUGGGACCAGGCUAGUACUGCUUAUGCACUGGUCAUUACACUGCGUAUUACAUUGUGUAUUUCUGCUGCUAUUAUUCAUGCGUGCAUAGAGCCAUGCUGACAACUUCAGUCGUAUUUUUGUAUGUAAUAAAGA